AUGGAGGACCUUACAAGGAACAUUCAUUUCUUCUCAGCAGUGGCUGUGAGCAAAGACCAAGUGCAGCGGGAGCUGCCAGCCAAGACCAGUCAGGGCAGUGGCAUCAGUAUCACCUACUCACUUCCCAACAGACAGUCCAGUGAUUACAUCCACUGUUACAAAGGUGAGGAGGUUUCCAUCAAGAUUAGGAGAAACCUGCGGAAAGGAAUGACGAACAGGACCAUGUGCCACCUGGAAUGGUCUAUUAAGACCAAGACACUGCCUCUGGAUAUGGGGCAGUGUGGGACCAUUAUAAAAGGCAGCCCAGGUCCUUGCUCCCUCAUCCACUACUCCAGCCACCUUCCUCUUCGGAACCAGGUGCACAUCCAGAACCAAGUCAUGUCCUGCUGCAACCCGUGUGUGCCAUGCCGGCCCUGCGGCCCGACCCCUCUGGCCAGCAGCUGCAAUGAGCCCUGUGUCAGGCAAUGCCAGGACUCCACCAUCGCCAUUGAGCCCUCUCCCGUGGUGGUGAUCCUGCCCGGACCCAUCCUCAGCUCCUUCCCACAGAACACCGUUGUGGGCUCCUCCACCUCCGCUGCUGUUGGCAGCAUCCUCAGCUCUGAGGGCGUGCCCAUCACCUCGGGGGGCUUUGACCUCUCCUGCAUUUCCAACCGCUACUGUGGCAGAAGGUGCUACUAG